UCUCUAACAAACUUGUACCAACUGUUGCAUUCUUAUGUCAUAAAAAUGAAGACCUUAUCUUUUCAUUAUUCUUACAUUUCUUAAAUAUAUUGUAAUCAGUGUUGCUCGACAACUCUCACGAGGCGUGUGUUGUUCUUGAAAAUGUAAUUAAGGAAGAAAAUCCAAAAGCAGUCAUUAGAAAAAUAAAAUUGGUUUAAAUAAAAAAUUAGCAUAAAAAAAUAGAAGAGAAAAAGUCAAAGAGAAGGAAUGUUUGACCUCUUGCCUCUGGGGCUCCUCUGUAAUCUAUAAGGCGGCUUUGUCCUCUGUGCGACUGACUGACUUCUUCUGACGGCUCCGUCCACCGUCGUCUCUUCUUCCGUUACGACUUUUUCUUUUAAUCAAAAUUAUUUUAAUCAAAAAAGAAAAGUGAAACGAAGCCAGCUCCUCCUCCUCUCUGCGUAAACCAACUACAACAAGAGGCCUUAAACUCUCUUUCUUUCUUUCUUUCUUUCUUUUCUCUUUUCCAUUCCUAACCAAACAAAAGUCCUUUCUUUCUUCCUUCCUCAUGGCUGUUACUCUUGAUUCUGCUUUUCCGGCGAGAAAACGUCGGCCUUUGGUGGUCGAUUCCCCCAAGCUUUCUGAUGCCAAACUAACUCGGUCUCUGUUCCUGGCCUCUCAUGAGAUUGCUUCUAUGCAGCCUCUCCGCUUCAUCCUCCGACCCAAUUCUCUCUCCCUCAUUCGCAAAGUCAAGAUACUAGCUUCCGUCUUCGAUGAGCUUCUUCUCCGCUCCCAGCUGCUCGUCUACUCUCAAUCCGCUCAGCUCUGCUUCGAGGAAAUGCAAAUCGUUAUGCAACGUAUCAAGUCUUUGAUCGAUGACUGCUCUCGUGUUAGCAAACUCUGGUUACUCUUGCAGAUCGAUAUCGUUGCCUUCAACUUUCACGAGCUUCUCACCGAUUUGUCCACCGUUCUUGACAUUUUACCGGUCCAUGAAUUUGACUUAAGCAACGACGCCCAAGAUCUCAUCUCUCUCCUUAGAAAACAAUGCUCCGACUCUGUUCAGUUCGUCGAUGCCCGCGACCAUGCUCUCCGUCGUAAAGUCACCGAUACAAUCGCCGGCAUCAAGCACCAGAUCUCACCGGAUCACUCUAGUCUUAUCGAGAUUUUCAACGACCUUGGUUUCACCGAUUCUGCUAGUUUGACCGACGAAAUCCAGAGACUGGAGGACGAAAUUCAGGAUCAGAUCGACGACAGAUCCAAAUCCGCAGCCGCUUCUCUCAUCGGUCUCGUGCGUUACUCUAAGUGCGUCUUAUACGGUCCCUCUACGCCGGCUCCCGAUUUCCGCCGCCACCAAUCCUUAUCAGACGCAAACAUCCCGGCGGAUUUCCGGUGUCCGAUCACCCUCGAGCUUAUGCGGGAUCCGGUGGUCGUCUCCACCGGUCAAACAUACGAUCGUGAGUCGAUCGAUCUAUGGAUCCAAUCGGGGCACAACACGUGCCCGAAAACAGGUCAAGUCCUCAAACACACCAGCCUCAUACCAAACCGUGCCUUGAAGAACCUGAUCGUUUUGUGGUGCCGCGAUCAGAAGAUACCCUUCGAGCUAUACGGUGACGGCGGCGGAGAACCUGCGCCGUGCAAGGAGGCGGUCGAGUUUACGAAGAUGAUAGUUUCGUUUCUUAUCGAGAAGCUCUCCUUGGCAGAUUCUAACGGUGUCGUUUUUGAGCUCCGAGCGCUCGCCAAGUCAGAUACGGUGGCCCGAGCAUGCAUAGCCGAGGCUGGAGCCAUACCGAAGCUGGUACGCUUUCUAGCCACGGAGUGCCCGAGCCUUCAGAUAAACGCCGUUACCACGAUCCUAAACCUCUCCAUCCUGGAACAGAACAAAACGAGGAUCAUGGAAACUGACGGAGCUCUAAACGGCGUCAUCGAGGUUCUUCGUUCGGGCGCCACGUGGGAGGCUAAGGCUAACGCCGCAGCGACUCUGUUCAGUUUGGCGGGCGUCUCGGCCUACCGAAGAAGACUCGGGAGAAAAGCACGUGUCGUAAGCGGGUUGGUUGAUUUGGCUAAGCAGGGCCCCACCAGCUCUAAGAGAGACGCGCUCGUGGCGAUCCUGAACCUGGUGGCUGAGAGAGAGAACGUGGGGAGGUUCGUUGAAGCUGGGGUAAUGGAAGCCGCCGGAGAUGCAUUCCAGGAGCUACCGGAGGAAGCGGUGGCUGUCGUGGAGGCGGUGGUCAGGAGGGGAGGACUCAUGGCGGUUUCAGCUGCUUUCAGUUUGAUACGGCUUUUGGGGGAGGUGAUGAGGGAAGGAGCGGACACCACAAGGGAGAGCGCGGCGGCGACGCUGGUCACGAUGUGUCGGAAAGGGGGGUCGGAGCUAGUGGCGGAGAUGGCGGCGAUUCCAGGGAUAGAGAGGGUUAUAUGGGAGAUGAUAGGAGCUGGAACGGCCAGGGGAGGGAGGAAAGCGGCGUCGUUGAUGAGAUAUCUAAGACGGUGGGCAGCCGGAGAUACACAUGACACGGCGGCGGAGACGCAGAGCAUUGUAGUGCCAACGCCAAGUAGGAUUUUUAGUCCAGUUUUAUGAUUUUUUUAUUUUUCCCUCCUCUUCUGUGUGAAGGUUCAAAGGUUCAAAGAUUUUUUUUUUUUUGGAUGAUUUGGAAAGAAAGUGAUUCUUUUACAAAGAAUUAAAAGCUGCUGCAAUUGUAAAUGUAAUUCGAGAAAGAAAAAGAAAAACGAGAGUUCCUUCUAGAUGAACUUCUUUA